UAAAUUCACCGAAACGAUUCCGUCGUGACUCAUGGCACAUUGUCACACAUAUAAACAAAACAUGGAAAACAUUUGCUUUGGUUAGAAUUGACAUUGAAUUCGGAAAGAAAAUGCAAACAUAAACACAAUGUUGCCGAGCCGUGAGAUUUUAACGUUACAAUUCGGAAAUUAUUCCAAUUAUGUGGGCACUCAUUGGUGGAAUAUUCAGGAGUCGGGAUUCAACUAUGACCCGUAUGCUAUUCCAUCAGGUAUUGAUCACGAUCUACUGUACCGUGAGGGUACCGAUUUCAAGGGUCAAGCCACCUAUACACCAAGACUGUUGUUUGUCGACCUGAAAGGAUCGUUGAAGCAUUACUCUUCAAAUGGUCUAUAUGGUGGCUCGAGCGACUUGGACAAGGUGCAACAAGAAUUGCCAUGGGAUUCAAAUGCAGUCGAAAUUGUGGAAGCCGAAUCCAUCCCGAAGCCGCAGUACCAAAAAGACUUGGAUGAAUCGAAGAACGUUGCGGCAAACGAUUACGAUUUUAAGAAUAGCGUUGAAACAUGGACCGAUUUCGCGUACACUCGAUUCCAUCCAAGAUCGGCAACAGUUGUCAAUGAAUUUGAGCAUUCGUUGACGGAAGAACCGUUUGACUGCUUCACCAGCGGUGUUGAAUUAUGGAAAAGUGAAACGUUUGACUAUGAUUUUUGCGAAAAGAUUCGUCAGUACAUUGAGGAGUGUAACAAUUGUCAGGGCUUUCAAAUGCUAUUCGAUUGCACAAAUGGAUUUUCCGGACUUGCAGCGAAGUGCCUGGACCAUUUAAACGACGAGUAUUCAAAGACAAAUUUUACGAUUCCUCUGUUUUCACCGAAACCUCAAAACUUUCGAAAUGCUGACACACCAAUGAGCGAAUCUAUUCGUGUUAUUAACGCUGCUAUGUCGUUCGCAAAUCUGUUCGAACAAUCGUCGUUAAUAUUGCCAUUGUCCACCAUGGCACGGUGCUGGCGCCAGAAUGAUAAUCAGCGGCAAUUCCCUUACCUUUCCUACGAUCAACACAAUUUCUACGAAACGUCGAGCAUAUUGGCUACCUAUUUGGACACGAUAUCAAUGAAAUACCGUGUCAAAGAUGCCUCGAAAGCUAGUCUAUUGUCUGGAUUUUGCACAGACUUGUGUAAUUAUGGUCGCAAACUAGCAGCUGCAGCCUUAGCUCUACCAUUAAAAUUGGGUACAGAUCAAGACUUUAUCGAUUGCCUGGACCAACAAGACGGCCCAAUAUUCACCCAGUUAACGCCGAACGCAAAGAUAGGGACCGAUCGUGUCGUUCAGAGUGUCUUUGUACGUGGAAUACCGUCAGAUAAAUUGAAAAGACCGUUGAAAUCCGCUAAUCAGCAGAUAAAAAUGGCUGCAUACCAAUGCAAUUCCGUGUCCGAAAUGCUGCAACUGUACUUCCAAUGCAACAAUUAUGCGAGCAUGUCGCAUGUGUCAAAUAUCGACAGUGGCAUGCCGAUUAAGAUACCAUUUCCGUACGAGAUGUUCGAUCGGCGUGUUCAAUCAAAUGGUUGGAUUGGCGAUGUUGACAGAAUUAAUAGCAAGGACAUUACAUCGGUUCCUGCACUGGCAGUGGCACAAGUUUCGAGUGAAUUGUCCGACACUAUUGAAAGCUUGCAUCGCGAAGCCAAACGGAUUAAAAUACUGAAAAUUCACCGCUUCAAAGAGACUGGUUUGGAGGAAAAUGACAUGGUCGAAAUUUUGGAGAAAUUGUUAGAAUUCAAAGACAAUUACGACGACAAUUUUGAGCUUUGAAUGGAAGAAUGUUUCUAGUUUUCAAUAAAAAAAAGAGAAAUUUAUUUA